AACUGCCAUCUCCUCGCCCCUCCUUCAUGUUCGCCUGCCACAGGGUAUUUAAUCCUACCAGACUUUUCCACAAGGUCCCUGUUCCGUGCCUCAGAUUCCCUCAAGGACCACUAAGAACCCUCGCAACCAUGGCGACUACGACGGAGACUGCUAAAUAUAAGCUCAAUCGUGCGUUCAUCUCGCCUGCCAAGCAGCCUUACAUGCUAGUCCAAGUCUUGGCUAACAAUGGGUCUCGACAGAUACUAUGCUUCGGGUGAAGGACCCGAAGAGGUCUGUUGAGUUCUACAAGUUCCUCGGGCUGAACCAAAUUCGCCAGCUGGACUUCCCUGAGAACAAGUUCUCCCUGUAUUUCCUUGCCUACGAUGGACCUGCUUCCCUCCAGGGUGAUCGUCACUGGACUGAUCGCAACGGCGUUCUGGAACUCACCCACAACUACGGUACCGAGAACGACCCUAACUACAGCAUCGUCAACGGAAACACUGAACCGUACCGGGGAUUUGGACACCUUGCUGUUUCGGUGGACAACAUUGAGGCUGCAUGCAAGAGGCUCGAGGAUGCCGGCUAUGCCUUCCAGAAGAAGCUUACCGAUGGCCGCAUGAAGAACAUUGCCUUUGUGAAGGACCCUGACGGAUACUGGGUCGAGGUUAUCCGUCGGCAUGAUGAGGACGUCGGUUCUGGAACGGAUCCGGCCAGCUACAGACUGAACCACACUAUGCUCCGAGUGAAGUCUGCUGAGACCAGCUUGAAGUUCUACCAGGAAGUCAUGGGAAUGACCCUCGUCCGCACUUUUGAGAACAAGGAUGCUGGAUUCAAUCUCUACUUCCUCGCAUAUCCCGCGUCGAACCCAGCCAUCAAGGAGGACGCUAAGAACCCUGUUGCUGAGUGGGAGGGAUUGCUCGAGCUCACCUGGAACUACGGAACAGAGAAGCAGGAAGGCAAGGUCUACCAUGAUGGAAACGCGGAGCCCCAGGGCUUUGGACAUAUUUGUAUUUCUGUCGAUGACCUUGAUGCUGCCUGUGCUCGUUUUGAAUCUCUAAACGUCAACUGGAAGAAGCGUCUCACGGAUGGCCGCAUGAAGAACGUGGCUUUCAUACUGGACCCUGAUGGAUACUGGAUUGAGGUGAUCCAGAACGAGACUCUCAAGCGUACCAGCAACUGGUAAACCAUAAAGUCUUCAAAUCCUUAAUAUGUAAUCGCUUUAACUCAGAAAGCAAUGUGGUAAUGUUUUGGAAUCUUUCAUUGUGUCUUGCAAGUUCAAAAAGUGUCGUAG